GUCAGGAACAUAUGCAGGUGUAUGAAUAACUCUCCAAAAAAAGAUUUGCGUAGUAUCUGAUUGCUGGCAUCUGGAGAUGCUUAUCGCAUUCAAAAACUAUAUCAAACCGGGUCGACAGCACCUCAGUGCGUCUAUUUAAUUAUUAUCUGAAGUUUUAUUGUUUCAAUUGAUGUUAUUCUCGCGGAUUAAGCCAAGUGUUCAGUUUACAUUGGGUAAAAGGUUACUGACUGCUUUUGUAUUCUUGGGCAUGCACCAAAGCCACUGGAAUUAGCCAAGUUAGUAAUUACACCAAAGCUAAGAUGAUCUCCAGCUCGAAAUAUCUGCUCAUACAAAUCCUAUUCUACUGCACGAUCUAUCCCUUUGCUACUGGAUAUGGCGGGACGAAGCAAUUCAACCCGAGGCCAAACAUUAUCGUCAUUAUGGCAGAUGACAUGGGCUUCAACGAUGUAAGUUUUCAUGGAUCUGACCAAAUUCUAACUCCUAAUAUUGAUGCCCUCGGAUACAACGGAAUAAUACUCAAUAAACAUUAUACGCCAGCUAUGUGUACCCCAUCAAGGUCAGCUCUUUUAACAGGGAAAUAUCCCAUGAAUAUAGGAAUGCAGCACUAUGUCAUACCCAAUGACGAGCCUUGGGGACUUCCAUUGAAGGAAACCAUUAUGCCGGAAAUUCUGAAGAAGGGAGGCUACUCGACAUACUUGGUAGGGAAAUGGCAUCAAGGUUUCCACAAGCGAGCAUUUACCCCAACUAUGCGAGGAUUCGAUUAUCACUUCGGAUACUAUGGAGGCUAUAUAGACUACUAUCAACACUAUCUUGAAAUGAUAGGCAAACCUUAUGCCAAAGGAUAUGAUAUGCGCCGCAAUUUCCAACCGAUUGCCAAUGAAACUAGUGGUCGUUACGCCACUGAUUUAUUCACUGAUGAGGCUGUCGAUUUGAUCUACCAGCAUGACCAGAGCCAACCCAUGUUUCUGUGUUUCGCUCAUUUGGCACCUCACACUGGAAACGAGAACGACCCCCUACAGGCCCCACCGGAGACCAUUGCCAAAUUUCAACAUAUUAAAGAUCCAUUACGACGAACCUACGCGGCUAUGAUUGACAAACUCGAUGAAAGUAUUGGACGAAUAAUCGAAGCCUUAUACGACACACAAAUGCUACACAACUCAAUAGUGCUAUUUUAUUCAGACAACGGAGCUCCAUCACAAGGUCUACAUUCCAACAGCGGUUCGAAUUAUCCCUUCAGAGGACAAAAAGAUUCUCCUUGGGAGGGAGGACUAAGAACACCGGCCGCUAUCUGGAGCCCUUACCUAAUGAGCCAACACAACACAGUCGCGAAUACUUUGAUCCAUGUGACCGAUUGGUUGCCGACUCUGGCUGCAGCGGCAGGAAUCAACAUUCCAAUUGAAAUUCAAUUAGAUGGCAAAAACAUCUGGGAUCAACUUCAAAGAGGCUAUCCUUCCCCUAGAUGGAACAUUGUUCACAACAUUGACGAGAUUUUCGGAUACAGUUCGUAUUCAACACUUAAAUGGAAACUUGUAAACGGUUCUAGAAUUGAAGAUUACAAUGGCUGGCUAGGAUCGAAAACGAACGAAAGUGAUCCUCGUGCUGAGGAUUAUGUUAACCUUAUCCUGAACUCUACUGUCAACGAAGUCAUGAGCAAACUAAACGCUGAAAUUUAUAUGAAACUGUUAACAAAGGAUCAAAUCCUAGCCUUGCGAAAAUCAGCUAUUGUUGACUGUCCCACACGGAAUUUAACCGACGCUGAGUGCAACCCUUCCAAGAGCCCUUGCUUGUUUGAUAUUGAAAACGAUCCUUGCGAACGAUACAAUCUGGCCGACAGGUUCCCACAGGAUCUUGAAAGACUGAAAUCUGAUGUUGAAUAUUUUCGCUUGCACACUGAGAAACCUGUUCGUGUACCUGCUGAUCCUGCCUGCGAUCCGCGCUACUACAACUUAACGUGGACUUGGUGGCAGGAUCUAACUGACAAUGCUGCAAGUCCAUCGGUGCAUGUUAAAAAUGUAAUUGUCUUUGUCAUUGUUUUUGUCUGCAUAAGUAUCUUGUUUUAAUGUUCUUUUUCUUAAGCGUUUUAAGAACUCGUAUGCUCGCAAAAUGCUUUGAUAACGCUGCAAGGAAUCCUGCCAAUGAAACCCGUUGCUUCCAGGUGCUUUGCUUCGUUUUUUGUGCUGCUUGUUGAUGUGCAAAUCUAGUAAGUAACCGCAAUUUGUAUAUGUAAUGAACUAUUGUGAUACGAUAGUGAUAGCUUUCUUUAUAAUAAAAAUAUGCAAAUGUACCUCU